CCGACGCACGAAGCUUUCCUGUCCGCUGAACAAUUUCCUCGGGCCUGAUUGUGAUCAGUAGCUGGACAUGCACUUUGCGUUUGCGGUAUAUGCAACACGCCUCCCAAGGGGCCAGAGCAGCAGUUGCGUUCGCGCAGACGUCACUGCCUGCGAACGGCGGGAAGAGCAGCCGACACUGACCCAGCUCACGCACACCUGCAAACUCGGCGACAUGUCCAGGUCAUCCCACCUGGUCGGAAAACACCUCGGGCAGCGUGCGGAUGCCUUCUUUCUGUCGCCUCUUCCCUGCGACCACGACUGGCCCGAAGCUCUACCCGAUUGAGCCUUCACCCUAGGCGGCCACUUUAGUAACAGCGGGCAGUCUGGCCAGAAAACACUCAGUUCUAUCCUUGCUGAGCGACUCGCUGCUUUCAUAACCCCUCGCUACUCUGGUCAACAAGGCGCGACUCCCCCAGUUCUACGCUGGUUCUCCAUCCGUAGAUCAACAACACGCAGAUCUCGCGACCACGAGAUGUGAAUUGGCACCUCUCGGCCUUCCUCAGCAUGACCAACGGUGAUCAGGAUGUCGCUCCCUACAGUCCGUUGAUCACCAUCGAUGGACAAGAAUACUUCCCUCCACCGUACAGCAAGCCGACGCUCAGCGACAAUCACCGGCAUAGCAUAAUACCAUUUGCCACUCUCGCGACAAUCUCGGUCGGCAGCUGCAUAAUCGUCAUUGCAGUCAUCCUCCUGCGCAUGGUCAGAUGGAGAGGCCACUACAAGACAUGGCUGGGCUACAAUCAAUACGUCGUCCUGGCACUGAACCUGUUGAUUGCAGAUCUCCAGCAGAGCGCCGCUUUUCUCGUAAGCUGGCACUGGUACCGUAUCAACGCGAUCCUAGCACCUUCGACGCCAUGCUUCGCGCAAGCCUGGCUUCUGCACUCUGGAGACAUGAGUAGUGGCUUCUUUGUACUUGCCAUCGCCGUGCACACGUACUUCACUGCCGUGCACGGCAAACGGCUGAGUAAUCGAACUUUCAUGGCAAUGAUCGCUGGAGUCUGGAUCUGGUCAUAUUUUCUCACUGCGAUUGGAAUCUGGAUCCGCGGACGGGACAAGUACUUUUCAGCUGCUGGAUCUUGGUGCUGGGUCUCGACUAACUUCGAGGCCGAGAGGUUGUGGUGCCAUUAUAUCUGGAUCUUCAUCAUUCAAUUCGUCACGAUCAUUCUCUACAUGGGCACAUUUUUCUCGCUGAGAAAGAAGACCAAAGAGCUGCUGUCAGAUGGGGAGACACCUCCAUAUGGUCUCACUGCUGCGACAGUUCGGGCUGUUAAUCGUAUUGCGAGACUCAUGAUGCUGUACCCUUUCGUGUACAUUGUGUUGACAUUGCCUCUGUCAGCAGGACGAAUGUGGACUAUGGCUCAUGAUAGCAGACCGACUAGUCAUGCAUACAGUGCCAUGGCAGGCUCUCUCCUGACGUCUUGUGGCUGGAUAGACGCGCUGUUGUAUACCUUGACGCGCAGGCGACUGCUGCGAGACACAAUGCCGGGAACAUCCUACGGAACUGCGAAUAGUGGUCGCGAACCCAAGGAAGGCGCGCAAGGCCGCAAUGUCGGUAUCACCGACGAAUCCUCAGCAAUGGAUCUUACCCCACUGACCCCAGAUGCUGCAAGGGGAGACGGAUUGUUCGUGACUGGGCGAAACCGCUCGGCCUUCUCGCCGCGAAGCACCCAACGUGACAGCAUGGACGACAUGCUCACUGGCCAUAGCGUGCGUCGAGGUUGGAAUUGGAAGCCCAAACGUUUGAAGACAGACAGUCAAGAGCUGGAGACUGAUGGCGAAGUCUUGACACCGCCUCCGGCAUACAUGGAUACUCGUGCGAGUAGAAUUUAUUAG